AUGUCAAACGACGGCGAUCUUCUCAUGAGCCCCGCUGUGAGAGCCGUCUGUGUGCUUCUUCAGCAAUACGAUAGCCUAAAUGACUCGAUCAAUACCACCAAACAAAUCAUUGAGCGUGACUACCCCGAUGCGUCUACCCUCGGUCAUCAAAUGUUCAAGCUUGAUCUUGAGGAUUACAACGAGAAGGCUAAGCAAGCCUUGCAACACCUUCGCUUGGCCUACCAUGGCCUCUCAGACGCUGGCAAGGACUCCUUCGUCUAUGUCCGCCGCGAGAUGCUGCAGCGCCUUUAUAUCCAGCUGGUUUAA